AUGUUCCGCCAAUCGACGUUCCUCAUUCUGCUUCUUAUGCAGCUCCGUCACCGGAGUGUACUGUUCAUGUACCUGGCCCGUGCCAUGGGUGUUACUUUCCUGCUGGAACAACCGCAACACCACACGACUGGCGGCUUAGCUUCUCUCCGGAUCUUCCAGGAGAUGUACGCUGCUGGAAAGAAGACGGUCACCGGCAUUCCGCCGCUGGUGCGGGCCACUCAGGAAUACACCCCGGAGUUUGCGGAAGCCGUGCUCCACUCGUGGGGCGAGCGCUGCGACGAUCAGCAGCGCCAGGCUGAGCUGCUCCACGUCGUGCGAUGGAUGAAAGCUUCCGGGCGUUUGCAGCUGCCGUCGGCAUGGCCUGCGGAUUUUCCGUAG